ACUCAUUCACUAUCUCACUCUCAUUCUAUAAGUAAACUAAAGAAGUAUUUGAUCAUUUGAAAAAAUGGCACAAGCAAUGUUGAAGCCCUCUUUACAAGGAGAGGUUGAGGCAGAUAUUGAGAUCAAAGCUUCGGCCACGAAAUUCUAUCACAUGUUUGCAGUGAGACCACAAGAUGUGUCUAAAGCCUCUCCUGAAAGUGUCCAGAGAUGUAGUGUGCAAGAGGGAGAGAUGGGAAGAGUUGGCACUCUCGUCACCUGGAACUAUUUUUAUGAUGGGAAGCCAAAGUUUGCUAGGGAGAUGAUCGAGGCAGUGGACCCAAAAAUGAAUAUGAUAAAGUUCAGAGUGAUAGAGGGAGAUCUGAUGGAAGAGUUCAAGAACUUCCUAUUCAAGAUCCAGGUAACCCCUAAGAAAGGAGGACUUGGAGGUGUGGUGAAAUGGAACAUGUCAUACGAGAGGAUUGACGAAAACGUGGCUCACCCAGAGUCUCUGCUCAAACUGUGUGUCAAAAUGGCCAAAGACAUCGACGAAAUGCUUUUGUCUAAGGAAUAGAUAUUCGUCAAUUAUCUGUUUAUGUAUCUAUAUUUAUGUCUUUGGGUGCUUUUUAUCUUUAUGUAUUUGGGUGUUUUAAAUCAAUAAUGUGCUCUCUCUAGAUCUAAAGAGAUGUAAGUGAUAUAAAAGUGUGUAAUCAUAAUAUCUGUCUUUUAUGUU